CAAAACGUGCAGCCGGCCGAAGAAAUGCCGCCGAAAUCGAGCAGCAAGAAAAAUCAGGCCAGUUGGUACCACUGCGACUCCUGCGGUGCUCACAUUCCUUACAAGGCCAGAGAUAACCACGAUGGCUUGUGCUCUGCCAUAAGCCAGGAUGAUGCUAUUGCUGAUUCCGAGGCGGAGUACGUUCGGAGUGGGGCGAUCUUUACGAGAAGCCUUCAGCAGCGUAAUUUCGAGGUGGAAUCCCUGAAGGAUCUCCCUGGGAAGUAUGCCAACAUGCUGAUAUUUGUCUCCGAGGGAGCGAUGCAAUUAGCUCAGCUGCACAUAGGCCAACAUGUGGUGUUGGUAGCUCCUUCGAUGGAUGAGCACCCACUGGUAAGGAUUGUGUGGCCCAUAUCAGAACAAUUUCUAACCACAGUAUUUGUGAGCGAUAGCGACUUCAAACUUCAUUGCUCGCAGCUGCGGGGAAAACUCCUUAAGAUAUCUGCCUUGGAUACCAGUCGCCUUACAGCGGCUUCCAGCGUUUCUCUUAAGCAGAUAAACAGCGCAGAGUCCCCUCUCAAAUCAGGACAACUCCAAGAUGCGAUUGCACUUCUUAAAAAAGACUUGGUCAAUAGGGUAUUUUCAAAGGGCAGUCAGAUCAACAUGAACUUCUUCAACAAAUCUCUAAUAUUUCGCUUGGAGCGCUGGCAAGGAACUGUUGAAGAGGCUCUGGCUGGACUCACUCUGGACGCCAAGCCUUUGCAGUUUGUGCAGAUUACAAAUGUCACAAAGCUUCUACUGAUAACUGAAAACUCAAAUCAGCAGCAUGAGGAGCAGAAAAUAUGCCAUAGGGUAACUAAAUCCCACAUAGGAGGACUGGAUAAACAAUUACAACUGGUGGAGGAGAGCAUGGAGUACGCCUUAGGCUUUCGGACAACGCCUACAGGCCUUCGGGUAUCUAGAGGAUUGCUUCUUUUCGGUGCCACUGGGUGUGGAAAGUCUAUGAUCCUGGAAGCCAUGUCCGCAGUGGCAGAGGAACAUAGCCAAGGAAAUGUACAAGUGAUCCGUAUCAACAGUGGCGAGGUCUACAGCAAAUUCCUCGGCGAAACGGAACAAAAAUUGGCAGCUAUUUUUGAGCGUGCGUACAAUCACUAUCCACAUCCUACUUUGCUGCUGAUAGAAGAUGUCCAUAACUUGUGUCCCAAACAGGAAAGCAGCGAUCUGGUUAAGCGCGUCUCAUUAUCGUUUCUUUCCCUGUUGGAUCAGCUGAGUACUCCCAGCCAGCUAAAGGGAAGUAAGACCUUUGUACUGGCCACUAGUUCACAGAUCGAGGCCCUGCACCCAAGUAUUCGGAGAGCUGGAAGAUUGGACAGUGAAGUAGAAUUGGGAGCUCCCAGUUCUCUGGCAAGGAGGGACAUUUUAAGAUGUCUUAUUCAGUCUUUAAGGCAUCAAUUGAGUGAAGAUGAAGUGGAGCAUAUAGCGUCUAUUACCCAUGGGUAUGUGGGAGCAGAUCUAGCGAAUCUAAUAUAUGCUGCAAUGCUGCAGGCGGAACAGAAUUUCCUACAGCUUCACCAUCUGCAGACUGCCUUGACUCGCAUCAAACCUUCUGCGAUGCGUGAAGUCCUCAUCGAGUGUCCCAAUGUUCAAUGGGCAGACAUUGGCGGUCAAUCCGAGCUUCGAUUGGCCAUGCAGCAGGCCAUCGAGUGGCCGCUGCUUCAUGCUGAAAAGUUCCAACGCCUGGGCAUCAAGCCACCAAGAGGAAUUCUCAUGUUCGGACCACCAGGAUGCUCCAAAACAAUGAUUGCCAAGGCUCUGGCCACGGAAAGCAAACUAAACUUCCUUUCCAUUAAGGGACCAGAGCUGUUUUCCAUGUGGGUGGGCGAAUCGGAGCGAGCGGUGCGUGAGGUGUUCCGAAAGGCUCGACAGGUCGCACCAGCCAUAGUUUUCUUCGAUGAAAUCGAUGCCAUUGGCGGGGAACGGGCAGAUGGUGAGGGUUCCAGCUCUGGUGCAUCCGUAAAGGAACGUGUUCUCACUCAGCUGCUAACCGAAUUGGAUGGCGUGGAGGCUCUCCAAAAUGUUACCAUAGUGGCGGCCACCAAUCGUCCAGAUAUGAUUGAUAAAGCGCUGCUCCGUCCGGGCAGAAUAGAUCGAAUUCUCUAUGUAGGAUUACCUAAAAGUGAAGCCCGUCGGGAGAUCUUAAAGAUCAAACUUAAAGCCAUGCCAGUGUCUGAGGCAGUGGACAUGGAAAAGUUAGUGCAGCUGACGGAGGGAUACUCCGGUGCAGAAAUCCAAGCUGUGUGCCAUGAGGCUGCCUUGCGGGCCCUGGAGCAAAGCUUUGAAGCGGAAGAAGUUAAAUGGGUGGAUUUCGAACACGCCUUGAAGGCGGUGCCUCCACGGACCAGCCCGGAGCUGCUAAAGCUCUAUGAAGAUUACCUCAAACGAAAGUAGUUUCAAUAGGCUAUGAUG